AUCCCCGACUAGUAGCCUCGAGCCCGACACCCCAGCUGCGCCGCGCUCCCGGCCACAAGUUUGCCUCGCGCCGGCCAAGUUGCGAGUGUGAAUCUUUCUUCGGGCUUCGGGAAGAGUGUCCCUGUUCCUCGCUCGGGCUGGCUCGGGUAUGGCCGGACCCCACCUCUGGGGGUGGCUGCUGCUCGGCGGCUGCCUCCUCGCCAGAGCCCAGCUGGAUUCUGAUGGCACCGUUACUAUAGAAGAGCAGAUUGUCCUUGUGCUGAAAGCUAAAGUGCAGUGUGAACUCAACAUCACAGCCCAGCUCCAGGAAGGAGAGGGAAAUUGUUUCCCAGAAUGGGAUGGACUCAUCUGUUGGCCUAGAGGAACAGUGGGGAAAAUGUUGGCUGUCCCAUGCCCUCCUUAUAUUUAUGACUUCAAUCAUAAAGGAGUUGCUUUCCGACACUGUAACCCCAAUGGAACAUGGGAUUUUAUGCACAGUUUAAAUAAAACAUGGGCUAAUUAUUCAGACUGCCUUCGCUUUCUGCAGCCAGAUAUCAGCAUAGGAAAGCAAGAAUUCUUUGAACGCCUCUAUGUCAUGUACACUAUUGGUUACUCUGUCUCCUUUGGAUCUCUGGCUGUGGCUAUUCUCAUCAUUGGUUACUUCAGACGAUUGCACUGUACUAGGAACUAUAUCCACAUGCAUUUAUUUGUGUCUUUCAUGCUGAGAGCUGCGAGCAUCUUUGUCAAGGACAGAGUGGUCCAUGCUCACAUAGGAGUAAAGGAGCUGCAGUCCCUGAUAAUGCAAGAUGACCUACAGAGUUCCGUAGAAGUGCCUCCUGUGGACAAACCACAAUAUAUUGGGUGCAAGAUUGCUGUUGUGAUGUUUAUUUACUUCUUGGCUACAAACUACUAUUGGAUCUUGGUGGAAGGCCUCUAUCUGCAUAGUUUAAUCUUUGUGGCGUUCUUUUCGGACACCAAGUACCUGUGGGGCUUCACCUUGAUAGGCUGGGGGUUCCCAGCGGCAUUUAUUACAGCCUGGGCUGUGGCACGAGCAACUCUGGCUGAUGCAAGAUGCUGGGAACUUAGUGCUGGAGACAUCAAGUGGAUUUAUCAAGCCCCAAUCUUAGCAGCUAUCGGGCUGAAUUUUAUUCUGUUUCUGAAUACCGUUAGAGUUCUGGCUACCAAAAUUUGGGAGACGAAUGCGGUUGGGCAUGACACAAGAAAACAAUACAGGAAACUCGCCAAAUCAACGCUGGUGCUGGUGCUGGUCUUUGGAGUGCAUUACAUCGUGUUCGUGUGCCUGCCCCACUCCUUUGCUGGGCUUGGGUGGGAGAUCCGGAUGCACUGUGAGCUCUUUUUCAACUCCUUUCAGGGUUUCUUUGUGUCUAUCAUCUACUGCUACUGCAAUGGAGAGGUUCAGUCUGAGGUGAAGAAGAUGUGGAGUCGGUGGAAUCUCUCUGUGGACUGGAAAAGGACGCCCCCAUGCGGCGGCCACAGAUACGGCUCCGUGCUCACUACCGUGACGCCCAGCACCAGCAGCCAGUCGCAGAUGGCGGCCAGCACACGCAUGGUGCUCAUCUCCCGCAAGGCGGCCGAGACGGCCAGCCGGCAGCCCGACAACCACGUGACUUUACCCGGCUACGUCUGGAGUAACUCGGAGCAGGACUGCUUGCCACACUUGAUCCAUGCAGAGACCAAGGAAAGUGACAGGAGGCAGGGAGAUGCGAUUCCAAUGGAGGAGUCAUCCACGCCAUUAGAAUUUAACCCAGACCUUGAAGGAAGCAAAGGAGAAACCGAGGAUGCGCUGUGAAUAAACAUUUGUGUCUUGAAGGAGCUGAUCCAUCUGGCUGUGGCAGAGGAGCUUGGCUAGCGUCCCUCUGCUUGAGCCCCAGAGCUGAACAGUCAGGAUUCAAGUGUUCAUAGCCUUUUUAGGCUCUAUGAAUUGGUUCCUGUAAAUACUAAAGCCACAAAAGGAGAAGUGUCAGUGGAAUAAUUACCUUAUUUUGGCAUCACAUUCUCUUCUGAAUUGAUGUGUAGUACCUGUAGUACUUGCUCUGUGAUUGUUCAUUUUUCUGCUACUUUUGGGUAGAACAAACGUUUCAGUUGCUCGACUCUAGUUUUCUCUCAUAAAUAUCACUCGAAAUAUGAUAGAGAUCACUUAGUAUGUGUCAUUUUCUUUUUAACAAAUUAGUAUUCUCUUUCUCACUUUAAGGGACCUCUAUCAUUGCAUUCAUUUAGCCUGUUCAUUGGAGCAAUUAGGAUCUGAAAAUACGUUGAAAGAUUAAAGAUCUCGGAACAAGUACACACUGGAAAAUAAGCUCGCUGGACUUUGUUAAAAUAAUAACUGUGUGAGAAACUUGUUUCUGGGAAUAAGGAAAAUUACUCAAAAAAGAAUACUGCACAUAUUCCUCUUUUUGAAUGUCCCCUCUGUGACCAGCCAAAUCUCAAGUCUUCACUCUUUUGUAAACCUUGACAUGUCACAAGGUUUUCUUAGUCAGUGAGCUUGUGUCUGCAAGCUGAUUUUGUUUAUAAUCAU